UUUGGCUUGAAAUGUUGAACAAUUAUAUAUGCGAAGGAAAAAAUCUGUUCCAAAAUAGUGCGUAUUCGCCAACACAUGUUAUGUUCUGUUACAAUGGUUCUUUUUUUCAACUUUAACCCGGAGAUGACCAAUCAGAAUAUUGCUUACUCAAAACAAUCAAUCGCGCAAUGAUAUCAAGGUGCACGAACUACACAGUGUAGUUAGUUCCUUUUGGAGGUGACUUUCAGCUUCCACAUUGGAGCCUAAAAAGAAGAAGAAACCAAUUUAGGACGGAUUUUUGGACGCAGUACUUAAGCAUUCAGCUAGUACUGUUCGACUUGGAACUCCCAUUUGACAAACGAGUUUGAAUAUGGCUACAAAUAUGGAGGUUCCACAUAUUGAAGAAGUGGCAUAUGUGCCUAAUGCACCAACAAGUCCACCAACAUACAGCGACGCCUUCCCAGAGUUGCCAGUGCUAGCACCGAGACCAGCUACUGAUGCGCCAGUGACAGAACCUACUAGACCUUGGCCAGCCAACAACAAAUUUCUCAUGAGAUCAUCUACAUGCACACAAGUUUUUGCUGUGCCUGUAGAAGAGAGAAGGUUUAAUGACCACAGUUUUGGUGAUGAAACAAAACAAGCAGAAACAUGCAAAGAAAUAAUGGCUAGAAACAAUGUAUCCAUUGAAAUGAGUUUAGCUAAAGAUCAGAGUUUGACCGUGGUUAUACAUGGAAAAGACAAAAAUGUGAUGCAGGCUAGGAGAGAGAUUGUUGCCAGGCUACAAACACAGGCUCAACUUGGCCUGAAAAUACCAAGGGAACAUCACAGAUACAUUUUGGGGAAAAGUGGCAAAAAACUUCAGGAAUUGGAAUUGAGUACAUCAACUAAAAUCUCCAUUCCAAAAGCUGACGAGGGAUCUGACUUGAUCAGAAUAACUGGCACCAAAGAGGGGAUCGAGAGAGCAAGACAUGAAAUACAAUGUACAUCUGACGAACAGGCAAAACUUGCAUUUGAAAGACUACCAGUGCCAAAAAUAUAUCAUCCCUUCAUAUGUGGACCAAAAAAUGAAAACGUUGAAAGACUGAUAAAAGAGACCGGUGCCAAAAUAAAUGUACCCCCGCCGAGUGUUAUGAAAGAUGAGAUCGUCAUCUCUGGAGAUAAAGAUGGUGUGGCCAAAUGUAAAGACGAAAUUAUGAGAGUUUAUAUGGAUAAGAAAAGAAAAUGCCAAACCGUAUCCGUUGAAGUUAGGAAGAGCCAGCACAAGUAUAUCAUUGGACCGAGAUACAGUGGUAUACACGAGAUACUGAAGGAAACAGGAGUAGCUGUAGAAGUUCCCUCCCUUGAUGAUAAUAUUGAAACUAUCACCCUCAGGGGAGAACAAGACAAACUGGGACCAGCACUUACCAUGGUCUAUUCUAAGGCAAACAGUAAUGUGAUGUCAGAAGUUGAUGCCCCAAGUUGGUUACAUAGAUACAUCAUUGGUAGAAAGGGUCAAGGCAUCCAGAAAAUUACAGAACAAUUCUCUAAGGUACACAUUGAGUUUACAGACGGGACAGAUAAAAUCAAUGUAGAAGGCCCACCAGAGGAAGUUAAUGAAGCUGUCAAAGAGUUAGAAGUUAUUGUUAAAGAUCUGAAAAAGAGGAUGUCAUUUGAUACAAUAUCAGUCGAUCAACGUUUUCACAAACACAUUAUUGGAAAGAACGGACAAAAUGUUACACGUAUUAAGAAUGAGACAGGUUGUGCUAUUAAGAUUCCCUCUGACGAGAUGAACAGCCCUAUCAUACGUAUAGAGGGUGACCCUGCUGGAGUACAGAAGGCAAAAGACGAAUUAAUGCUGAUGGCUAAACGAAUGGAAAAUGAGAAGACACGAGAUAUUAUCAUCGAGCAGAGAUUCCACAGAACGUUAAUCGGAGCAAGGGGAGACAACAUCAAAGAAAUCAAGGAUAAAUUCAAUCAAGUUCAGAUAACAUUCCCUGACCCCGGUAAAAAGAGCGACAUCGUACAGUUACGUGGACCUAAAGAUGAUGUGGACAAGUGCUACAAGUAUCUUAUCUCAAUGCAUACAGAUAUGAUUGCUAGCAACUAUAAAGCUGAAGUACACAUCUUCAAAGACUUCCACAAGAACAUCAUUGGGAAAGGAGGAUCAAAUAUUAGAAAGAUUCGAGAUGAGACUGACACAAAGAUAGAUUUACCCAGCGAGAAUGCUGAAUCUGAUGUCAUAGUCAUCACUGGAAAGAAACCAAAUGUGGAAAAAGCUAGAAAAAUGAUUGAAGAUAUACAGAAAGAUUUGGCUAAUAUCAAGGAAGAGAAGAUAGAGAUCCCCCACAAUCUGCACAAUUCUAUAAUUGGUGCUAAAGGCAGAUUGAUACGGUCCAUUGCUCAGGAAUGUGGUGGGGUUAUUAUUCGUUUCCCACAACAAGGAUCCACUGCCAACACGGUCACAAUCAGAGGACCUAAGAAUGAUGUGGAAAAUGCAAAGAAACAACUGCAAGAAUUAACCAAUGAAAAACAACAAUCAGGAUUUACUGCUGAAGUAAGAGCCAAGCCAGAAUAUCACAGAUUCUUGAUUGGCAGAAAUGGUUCAAAUAUCAGACAGGUACGAGAGAGAACUGGAGCUAGAGUUAUCUUCCCCAGUCAGGACGACGACAACCAAGAACUGAUCACAAUCAUUGGAAAGCAAGAAUCAGUCGAUCAAGCUAAAGCAGAAUUAGAAGAUAGAAUCAAGAGCUUGGAUGAUGUUGUCUCUAUUGAAUGUCAAGUACCAACAAAACACCAUAGACACUUUGUAGCUCGUCGUGGUGAGGUAUUGAAACACAUUGCUGAUGAGUUCGGAGGAGUUACUGUUAGUUUCCCUCGAAGUGGCAUUAAAUCUGAAAAUGUUGUAAUCAAAGGAUCUAAAGAUUGUGUCGAGGGAGCUAAGAAGAGAAUUCUGGAAAUAGUUGCUGAUCUCGAUGCACAGGUGACUGUAGAAUGUGUGAUACCACAACAGUAUCAUAGAACUGUCAUGGGCAACCGUGGAAUGAACGUUCAGGAAAUUACUAAAGUACAUGAAGUGGGCAUUAAAUUUCCUGACCGUGCUCCACAACAAAAUGGCGGAGGGCAGAAUGCUGGAGGGCAGAAUGCUGGAGGUCAGAAUGCUGGAGGUCAGAACGGUGAAGGACAGAAUGGAGCAGCUCCAGCAGAGAACAGUUUACCAAAUGGUGAUGUCAACGGGGACGAAACAGGUCACAACAAAUCAGAUAUCAUUGUUAUUACUGGUAAACCAGAGAAUUGUGAGGCAGCUAAACUGGCAUUACAGGAUUUGGUUCCAGUCACUGAAGAAAUGACAGUACCUUUUGAUUAUCAUCGAUAUAUUAUCGGUGCUAAAGGUAAAGACGUUCGUGAAAUGAUGGGCGACUAUGAUGUCAACAUAUCUAUACCCCCAGCAGAGGAACACAGUGAUAAGGUCAAGGUGACCGGUCCUCCUGCUAAUGUCAAACGUGCAUUGGAGGCUCUACAGGAGAAAUGUGAUCAGUUGGAAAAAGAAAAAGAGGAUAGGAUGUUGAAAAGUUUCCAAGUGAAAUGUGAGGUAGAUCCUCAGUAUCACUCUAAGAUCAUUGGACGUCGUGGUGCUGUUGUUAACAAACUACGUGAUCAGUUCGAUGUUAACAUUCAGUUCCCCGGUAAAGACGAUGCUGAUACUAACAUCAUUACUAUCACAGGGUAUGAAGAUAAGGCCAACGCUGCCAAGACAGAAAUUCUUAAGAUGGUCCGUGAUUAUGAGGAAAUGACUUCCAUCGAAUGUAAACUUGAUCAUCGCGUCCAUCCUCGUAUUAUUGGUGCUAAAGGCAAGAACAUCCGUAAAUUAAUGGAUGACUUCAAGGUUGAUAUCCGCUUCCCCAGGGGUCCCGAGGAGAAUCCUGAUAUAAUAUAUAUCUCAGGUGGAGAAGAUGAUUGUUACGACUGCCGUGAUCAUCUGCUCAACAUUGAAGAGGAAUUUCUUCAAGAUUUUAUUGACCAGGAAUAUCUUAAGCAGCUUACUAAACCCCAGAGAGAUCAGGGUGGACCCAGGAAGGAGAGGCCAGCAGCAGGCUUCACUGUGACCGAUGCUCCAUGGAAUGCUCAGGUUCCAGACACUAUGAGCAAUGAUGAUUUCCCUACCUUUGGGGCUGUCGUACAGCCUAAAUCUAGCCAUGCUUGGGGACCUAAACCAGGUGGCAGACGUUAAAAUAUGGACUGAACUAUUUGGGGUUGGAGGGGGUAAAAUAUGGACUGAACUACUGGGGUGGGAGGGGGUAAAAAUAUGAUUUACAUAACUGUACAACUUUAUUCACAGUUGUGUAUAAAGAUUUAACUUGUAAUUUUGCAUUUAUAUGAUAUUUAUUGUUUAAAUUUAAAAUAUUGGAUUUAAAUUUGAAAACAUAUAUUUUUAUUAAAAUUAAAAUACCAAAAAUAUAUUACACACAUGUGAUACAUAAUAAUUGUACAUAAUAUAAAGAAUAUAUAUAUAAAUGUGAUAAAUUAUGUGAAUAAAAUGAAAUAAUUCAAAUACGUUAAUCUCUGUACAAUCUAAUUAUAUCACAGUAUACAGAAGGAAAGAAAAAUGUCUGACAAGAGAAGAUAACUGUAGUGCUCAGUCAAGGGGCAGACAACUUAGUGCUGUGAUUCUAGAAUAUUAUAAUUAUACUGCUGUUUGGUUGUGUACAUUGUCUCAAAACCAACAAAUAUAUUUCCCCAUUUCCAUUUUGUGGUUUUAAUUUACCCAAUAUCUAUUGAUUUUUUUCACAGUUAUAGGUUAAAGAGGAUUUAAGAGCAUUUUCAUGAAUUUUUUCAUUUUCUGAAGACUGCAUAUCAGUUCGCUAACCUGUUUUCAAAAAUGGAUUAUGGGAAGUAUAAUCAUUCAUAGCAUAACUAUAUCAUAUAUUAUACGUGUAUUUUAUGCCUGUUUUGAAUAUUUUAUUUUUUGUGGUAAUUGGGAAUACAUUUUUUUCGAGAAUGAGUGAGUUGUUGAUUAUUAUUUUUUUUUAUGUAUAAGUUACAAUUUUACAAUGUUUUUUGGUCAGUGCAUGAUUAAAUGCCCUUGUUAAGUAUAAAUUUGAUUUUUGAGGGCUUUGAUUUAUAUGUUUAAAAUAUUCAAACACCAUAUGCAAAGCGAGAUGACUAUUUUAAGUGUUGAGUGUGAAGACUGUUAGUUAAUUAGAUUUUAUUGUAUACCCUAGUCAAAAAUUAAAUGUGUAUCAUUUAUUUCAACGAAAAAUUAACAUAUGAAAUGUUAUCAUAAUCAUACUGAAAAAGUGUAAAUUUAAUAUUAAAUUUAUUUUAACACUUAAAUAUUACUAUUAAGGUUGUAUAUGUCUUGAAUGUAUACACAAAAUCACUUUUUUUUGUUGACACUUUAAGAUGCAAUUGUUUAAGAUUUGCCACAUACUAUUUAUGGACAAUGAGGUUAUAAUAUAUAUAUUGUUGUCACAGUGUGUACAGUUAUACAUUGAAGAAUAGACCAAGAAUACAAAUAAAGGAAGAAAUAAAA